GUAUUAUUCCAAGUUGUGAAGGUCACGUAUAAUGCAUAAACUUGUCCACCAAUUGGAGCUUAUUAGGAGCUUCUUAUAUAUGUUUGUUCAUGCACUUUGACAUUUAUAACAAACAAUUUACAAAAAUAGCACUAAAUAAAAAAACUAAAAAAAAAUGGGUCGUGAGAAGUUGAUGAUGAGAGUAAAUUUUGAAAGCUUCAACCUCAUGGUGGUGGUGGUGGUGGUCUUGGCGACGAUGACAACAAAAUUGGCCGUCGUGGAUGGGUCUUAUGGACGGUCCUAUGGCCACAAUAAACAUAGAUGGUACACGUCGCCGUCUACCUCAUACACACCAUCAACCUCCUACACACCGUCAACCUCCGAUAUGCCAUCGGCCUCUGACACUCCAUCGGCCUCCUACACGCCAUGGACCUCAGACGCACCGUAUACGGACACACCGUCGACAUCUGAUAUUCCCUCAACCUCUGAUGUCGUGCCGUCAACCUCGUACUCGUCAUCGUCAUCGUCAGCAUGGCAAUUAGCUCAUGCUACGUUUUAUGGGGAUGAAACUGCUUCCGAGACCAUGGGAGGGGCGUGUGGAUACGGAAACUUGCACGAUAGUGGGUACGGAUUUGAAACAGCAGCGCUUAGCACGGUAAUGUUCAACAAUGGGAAAGCUUGUGGGGCUUGUUACGAGAUCAAAUGUGUCGAGUCAAAAUGGUGCUUCGCCAACGCACCUUCCAUUAAGAUCACAGCCACCAACCUCUGCCCUCCUAACUGGUACCAGGCCAGCGAUGCCGGCGGGUGGUGCAACCCACCUCGCUCCCAUUUUGACUUGUCUAAGCCCAUGUUCAUGAAGAUUGCCGAAUGGACUGCCGGCAUUGUCCCCGUCAAUUAUAGAAAGGUGUCGUGUGGAAGGCAAGGAGGAAUUAGAUUUCAAUUCCAAGGGAACCCAUAUUGGUUGCUAGUGGUUGUGUUGAACGUGGGAGGAGAUGGAGAUGUAUCCGAAAUGUGGGUAAAAGGUGCUCAAACAGAUUGGAUUAGCAUGAGCCGAAAUUGGGGAGCUUCUUUCCAAGCAUUCUCCAAAUUAGGAGGCCAACCUCUCUCUUUCAAACUCCAAAAUGCAGUCGGAGAAACUGUAUAUGCUUAUAAUGUUUGCCCUACUUAUUGGUCUACAGGGCAAACUUACGAAGCCAAUACAAAUUUUAUAAACUAAUACACUAAUUAUUCCGAUCCUAACAAUUACAUGAUAUAGGCCAUUCACGUUAUUUACGAGUGGUAUGUAGUCCUAGACAAUUGUUCACGUACGGAGUUGUAACAAUUGUUUAUUGCUUCUUAUAUAUGCAGCACAUUCUUUAAUUUCCCUAUGUAGUUGAAGAAGACUGGUUACUCAUCAUGUUCUUGCGUGUUUUUAAUGAAUCCAUACAAUUAACACUUUA